AUGGGCAAGGUCAUUUUCUACGAGGAGAGGAACUUCCAGGGGCGCUCUUAUGAGUGCAUGAGCGACUGUGCUGACAUGUCCUCCUACCUAAGUAAAUGCAAUUCCUGCAGAGUGGAAAAUGGUUGCUUCAUGGUCUAUGAGCGUCCAAACUACACAGGAAAUCAAUAUUUCCUGAAAAGAGGCGAGUACUCAGACUACAACUCUUUGAGCAUGAGUGGUUCUAUCCGAUCCUGCCGUCUGAUUCCACAGCACAGAGGGUCUUACCGACUCAGGAUCUUUGAGAGGGAGAACUUCCAGGGUCAAAAUUUUGAGCUGCUUGAUGACUGCAAUAACAUCCAAGACCGUUACCGCAUGCCUGACUGCCAGUCCUGUACUGUCAUGGACGGCCACUGGCUGAUGUACGAGCAGCCCCAGUACAGAGGGAGGAUGAUGUACCUGAGGCCCGGAGAGUACAGGAGCAUGAGAGACGUGGGAUACAGUGGCAUGAAGAUCAGCUCUGUCAGGCGCAUCACAGAUUCCUGUUAA